GACCUCCCUUUUUCACGACUCGUCUCCUUCUUCUUUGCCAUCCUUCUCUCCAUCCAUAUAUAUAUAUAUAUAUACUCCUGUGCUCUUUCCUCUCUACUCCACCCAUCAAAAUAAUUCUCGCCACUUUCCACAACCCAAGCGUCUCUCUCUCUCGUUCAUUUCUUUGCCAACUCUGGUCCGAUCCGGCGGUGGUUGGGUUGGGUUUCAGACUUUCGAAUGGUUCGUUUCAAGAAAUCUGGGUGAAACCUGAAACGGGUCUGGGUUGGUGAAGAAGAACCGAAGCUUAUGAAAAAAGCCAUGGAGGUUGAGAGGACGAGGCAGUUGCUGCUCCUUUGUUGUGGAAUCCAAAGCACCCGUGUGGCCCUCGUGGGUGGCAACCACACCGCCUCCAGAUUUUGCACCCGUUAGAUUCCAUUCUUGCUUUCUUCUGUAUUUUCAAGUUUUUGCAUCUGGGUAUUCUCCCAAUCUGCAAAUCAAGCUCUUCUCACAUAGAUCUCGGAUCUCGUGGUUUCUAAGAACCCCCUUUUGUUUAUAGAAUUAAGCACAAAGGCCAACAAAUUCGUGGGAUUUUCUCGGUUUGGAGCCAAGAAUUACGCAAACAAGAUGAAGCACAUGCGUAGUGGAAGAAUGGGUUCGAAUCCUAAUACCCGUUUGGUGAUUCAGCUUCCUGAUUCACGGGUUUUGCGUGUUCUGUCUCGGUCAGUAUUUGUGGUUUUGGUUAUUCUCGCAUUGCCUUGUAUUCUAACCAUUCUUAGAGGUUCACCUUCUGAAUCUUACAAUGGAUCUGAUUCUAUGGUCGAUUAUUCCAAGCUCUUGAAUUCGCUUUUCCGGCAUUUCGCCGGCAAGGGCCUUUUGAGAAACGGCGUCAAAGCUCUCAUUAUCAGUCCUGGCGGCGGCGGCAUUGUGGGAAUAAUUCAGAAUCUGCAGCAUUGGCACAACAAUGUGAUCGAUGUGGUAAUGGAUUAUGAUUUGAAAGGACAAAGCUCGAUCCCGGAUGAAACAUUUGAUUUCGUUUUCACGCCCAGUUUUUCCGACACUAAUAAAUUUGUUAACCGUGUUCUGAAGAUUGGAGGGAUUGUGGCUGUUCCGUUGAGCGAAGACCCAUCAAAUAUUUUUCCAAAACAUUCUAAUUAUAGGAUUGUUUAUCUUUGUCACUAUGAAACCACCAUUAUGGCAAUGAGGAAAGUGAUGUCAAGGAUGUCCUUGACAAAGCGGCCGCACGUUUGCCAAAUGGCGUCGGAGGCCAAGAAGGCAAUGUUAGAGAACCUUGAAGAUGUCUUGCUAGAGCCACCGAGAACCAAGCAUUUGAAGAAAUUCAACUUCCUUCCUGACUUGUUGGGUGAUAAUCUAGAAGGCUAUAAUCGGAGGGUUUUCAUUGAUGUGGGAUUGGCUGAUGAGGAGAAUACAGGCGUGACUGAAUGGUUUCAUCACAAUUAUCCCAAGAGGAACCAAGAAUUUGAGGUUUACAAUCUUGUAACAGAACCAGAGGAAGGAUCAUCUGGUGUUGAUGCCUCGGAUUGGUUGGUGAAGAAUGUGAAAGAAGAGGAGUAUGUUGUGAUGAAGGCAGAAGCAGAAGUGGUGGAAGAGAUGAUGAAGAGGAGGACAAUCUGUUUGGUUGAUGAAGUUUUUUUGGAGUGCAGGAACAAUUGGUGGCAGGGUGUUGGGGGGAAGUAUUACAAGAGCAAGAGGGCUUAUUGGGAGUGCUUGGCUUUGUAUGGAAGGCUGAGGGAUGAGGGAGUUGCUGUGCACCAAUGGUGGGGUUGAAGCAGUGUGAGAGAUUGACUCUUGUCAGUGAAUAUGGUGCAACAAUUCCGAUUGCUAACAACAAUUCAGGCAGUAAACGUUGGAAUAUAUCUCGAGCAGCCUUUCAUUUGGAGGACUCAUAUCUGAAUCAAAAGAACAUACAAGUACUAUCAACUAUCAAGUAUGGAUGGCUUUGGUGCUUGGUCUUUGAUGCUCUUAUCUUAUUUAGUAUUAGUGUGACUGUGUGUGAGGUUUCUGUGAAGUGGGACUAAGUCCCUGUUUGUCUCUUCAUAAAAAAAAGUUCAAAAAAAGUAAUAAAAAAUUCAAGAAUAUACUUUAUGGAUUAUGUUA